ACGUAAACAGUUAUUGUGUAUCUGACGUAGUGCACAUGUGUAGCGAGUAUUGCGCUAUUUGGAAUUCAGCCUUCUACAUAGCUUGACGGUUCCUGGAAUGUACCACUAUCCUUGCUAAGAGGGUUGAACCGUUAAUUCAUAUUUUGCAUGAGCUUCGAAAAAAACGAGAAUAUCAUGUAACAAUAUAUAUUACACAUUUUAUAGAAGGUUAUUUUUACCAUUAUGUUGCAUAUUUACUAAUUAACUUUUAGUUAAUUGUGGUUUUAUUUCGUUAUUGUUGUUCAACGCACCCCUAAAUCUGAAGAAAAUGAAGCGCCCGGCGCCAAAUCUAAAGCAUGUUUAUACACACAGAUGUCAGGAGAAACUUUUGCGGUGUUGAAAGCUGGAAAAAUCACCACCAGUAGCUCAAACACACAGAGGUCGAAAAUGGCGUAAUUCCAAACUCUGACUUCGGAGAUCUCUUGUGUUUCAGAAACCACAUAUCCACUGAACAACUGAACAGCUCCGUGUGGUUUGAGGCUGAAGAUGUGGCUGAACUCGGAGCAGGUGGCUCUCACAAGCGUGAUGUUUGAAACCUACGUGACGGAACAUCACAGGAACGACAUCCUGCAGAUCCUGCAGGAACCUGAUGAAGAUGCUCAUUACUCGCUCGUGGUUAAUGCUAUGACCUUAUUCGAAGCCAACAUGGAGGUGGGCGAGUAUUUCAACGCCUUCCCCAGCCAGGUGCUGCACAUAUUCGACGAGGCUCUUCACGCCGCCGCGCUCGCCAUCUCUCGGUCCGAGCCGCUGCAGAGCUCCUUCAGGCUGAAACGCAACCUGCACGUCCGCAUCUCAGGUUUGCCCGUGUGUCCCGAGAUGACCAGAGAGUACAUCCCUAAAGCCCGGGAUGUGGGCCACUUCCUGUCCGUCACCGGCACCGUCAUCCGCACCAGUGUGACCAAAGUGCUGGAAUACCAGCGGGACUACAUAUGCAACAAGUGCAGACACGUGUUCUCCGUGCAGGCCGACUUCGAGCAGUACUACAGCUUCACCCCACCCAGCCGCUGCCCCAGUGAGGACGAGUGCAGCUCCUUCAAAUUCAGCUGCCUGGCAGAACAAGACGCCCCACCAUCAUCCUGCAGAGACUACCAGGAGAUCAAGAUCCAAGAGCAGGUACAGAGACUCUCCGUGGGCAGCAUCCCUCGCUCCAUGCUGGUCAUUUUAGAAGACGAUCUGGUGGACAGCUGCAAAUCAGGAGAUGAUAUCACGGUGUAUGGGGUUGUGUGGCAGCGUUGGAAGCCACUGUAUCAGGACUCUCGCUGUGACGUGGAGAUUGUACUGAAGGCCAACUAUAUCGAAAUCAACAACGAUCAAUCCACAGCGGCAGUGGCACUAGAAGACUUUCAGAAAGAAAUUGAGGAAUUCUGGGAAAUUCACAAGCACAACCCUAUAGCUGGCAGGAAUCAGAUUCUGAUGAGUCUGUGCCCGCAGGUGUUUGGGAUGUAUGUGGUAAAGCUGGCUGUAGCCUUGGUUUUGGCAGGUGGAGUGCAGCGAGUCGAUCCCUCAGGAAUGAAGGUGAGAGGUGAGUCUCACCUCUUGCUAGUGGGCGACCCUGGCACUGGGAAAUCUCAGUUUCUGAAGUAUGCAGCAAAAAUCACGCCGCGUUCAGUCCUCACUGCUGGCAUCGGCUCCACUAAUGCAGGUCUGACUGUAGCAGCAGUGAAGGACUCUGGAGAGUGGCACCUGGAGGCAGGAGCGCUGGUUCUCUCUGAUGGAGGCCUGUGCUGCAUAGAUGAGUUUAACAGCAUUAAGGAACACGACCGCACCAGCAUCCAUGAGGCCAUGGAGCAGCAGACCAUCAGUGUGGCUAAAGCUGGAAUGGUGUGUAAACUGGACACAAGGACCACGAUUCUGGCAGCCGCCAACCCAAAGGGCCAGUACGACCCCAAUGUGUCCAUGUCUGUGAACGUAGCUCUGGCCAGUCCUCUCCUCAGCCGCUUUGACCUGGUUCUCAUCCUGCUGGACACCAAGAACCCGGAGUGGGACAAAAUCAUCUCCUCAUUUAUCCUCCAGAAUAAAGGUGUCCCGAGUCAGUCUUCAUCAUUAUGGAGUAUGGAGAAGAUGAGAGCGUACUUCUGCGUGAUAAAGAGGCUGCAGCCGCGCAUCACUCAGGACGCCAACUCCAUCCUGACCCGCUACUACCAGCUGCAGAGACAGAGCGACAGCCGUAACGCUGCACGCACCACCAUCCGCAUGCUGGAGAGCCUUGGCCGUCUCGCAGAGGCCCAUGCCAAGCUGAUGUUCAGAAAGACCGUGACGGUGGAGGACGCCGUAGUGGUGGUGUCUGUUAUGGAGUGCUCCAUGCAGGGUGGUGCACUGCUCGGUAACGUGGACGCUCUGCACACGUCCUUCCCCGACGACCCUGGAGAGCAGUACAGAAUCCAGUGUGAGAUUGUGCUGGAGGGCCUGGGCCUGACCCACAUCCUCAACAAAGAGCUGCAGAGGCUCUCAGGGAAGCAGGACAGCUCUCAUGAAUCAUCUGGAGGUAAGCAGCCGAGUGACAUGCGCAGAGCGAGUAUAAACAGUGAAGAGACAUCUGUCUCUGACCCGGGCCUCGACUGGUUUCACAACUUAACCAGUCCAGCUGAGGGGAAAGCAGCAUUCCCAGUGUCUCCCAUUCACUCCUCUACACAGUAUCACCCAGCUAACACACCAUGCCCUAGUGUGUUGCCUAGCAACAGUGGCUCGGCACAUGGCGAGGGCUCAGCGUGGGAGAAGCAGGCCAACGAAGACAGCAGUUCAGUAGUGCAGAAGAUCUCCAAAAACCUCAGGACCAAAAGAUUGAAAGGGAUGAACACUAAGCGCUUGGAGAACGAGGAAAAGAACGCCGUGGAUGAAAGAUUAAAUACAGAGCAGCCGUCGUCUCCACACACACUUCCGUGCCACAGCACGCCGAUGGUGGACAGGAAACGACCUUCUAAAAGAAAAGCUACAUCUUUUAGUCCACCUGUGAUGGAACAGUCCGAGGGUGAUAUACAGGUCGACCUGUCGAGCUUCACCUUCAGACCCAGAGAGAAAAUGACACGCACAGAUCAGGCUCGUGGUUCAAAUCAGGCUCCUAAAAUGGAUGGAAGGGAUCACAAAAUUGGCACAGAUCGAAUUACGCAAACGAAAAGAAAAGAAAAAGAGAAUGAGCAAGAUCGGUGUCCUGAGCCACCAGCAGAGGGCAGCAGUGCGUGUAAGAAGCUCCGAGUGCGAGUCCAGGCUGAAGUUGUAGAAAUUCCCUCUGAGAAGUCACGAGAGAGAAACAGAACAGCUGAUGAUGCAGAGCGCAGACGCCAGCAACUCGUCCACAGCCUGAGCAGUGCAACUCCAAACGAGCCUGAUUCUUCCGUUCAGCCACGCCAACCAAAGACUAAAGUCGCUUCCUCCACCAUGGCCAAGCUUUCCAUGUUCUCUUUUGUUUCCUCUCCUGAGGAAAAGACCAGCCAGAAUCUUACCGCAGCUCCAACACAGGCGAACAACACGCCGGUUUCCAAGGACGGCGUAAUGGAAAAAGAUGCCAGCGCAGUGGAAAGUGCACACACAAGCACUCCGACUGUAGAGCAGAAAAGCUCCAUGAACUCAGCCACAGAGACUUAUCAGAAGACGAGCAGGCCACACGCAAGGACGGAGAUGUGUGAAGAACAAUCAGCGAGCUCCAGGAAGAGGAAGUGCUUUGAGUUGAGCUCAGCACGUCCCGGAGGUCUUUUCUCUGGUCUCUCCUUCUUCAGCUCCUCUAUUGUAGAUGAUGAAGCUCUUGAUGUGGACUGGGAGGAGGAGUCCAGAAAGAAAUAAUUAUUAAAUGUUAUAAAUAAAGUAAUACUCCAGCAAUACUCGGUCGAAUCUCUAUCCAGUAUUUCUGUAGGUUAUGUGUAAUCACCAUGAGCAACACACUUUCCUGUUCUGAGAAAAGAACAAAAACCAUUAUUAUAAUUGAUGUCUAGGGGCAGAUGUCAGGGCAGGUGCUAAAUGUUUUAAAAUGUGACAAUACGAUGCAAAUUCAAAAAUGACAGCUGUUACACUACCUAAAAAGGUAUUAGGAUGAAACAGACACUAGAGAAAGUCUUAGCAACGUGUUUUACUUUGAGUGCUCUUAAAGUUUUGUUGUCAGGCCCAUUUAUCUGCGCUGGUGGUGGCAUUACCACAGUUUCUCCCCACUGAAAAUCUAGUGCCAUCUUCAUUUACUAAUUUUUUUUUGUCUGCAGAAUUCUUAAGUAAGUGCUACAAACAUAAUGUGGCACAAAAAUGAUUACUGCCCCAACAGCUGCCCUUAGUCUCCCAUUAUAUGCGAAUUCGUGUGUAAACAGGUUUUUGUUCUUUUCUCAGUUACGUUCUUGUCUCUGGUAAUUACACAUACACUACAGAUGCUGUAGAAAUUAGAUUAAAAACACUGGAGUUUUCCUUUAACAUAAAAAAAAAUUGUAGAUAUGAAUCUUGUUUUAUGAUGUAAAAUCUCUUUUUUUGGAUUAUGUGAAAUGAAAAGCUGCUUGGGAAAGAAAAAUCCAGCAGUCUCCUCCUGCUGUUGUAAAGCACUGCCAAGUUCUGAAUCAACAGUAAAAAAUGCACUCUGUA